UUAAACGUCUGACAUGCAAUUGAAAUGUUCCAUAUAGAAAACAUGAAAUAUAUCAAUCUUUAGAUUAUAUUAUGGAUAAUGAAGGAAAAUUUUCUGUUAAUAAAAGAAACUCAUUAAAAAACGAUGGUAAAGAUCGUUGGGAAAUAGCGUGGCACAAACCCUGUGUCUUUUAUAAGCCAAAUUUGGUGAACAAGCUAUGGCCAAUGUUGGUGAUGAUUGGUUCAUUGGAGAUAGCUGUUGGCAUCAUCCUGCUUAUAGUUUUGGUUUUGUACUCUCAGGAAUUUGAUAAGAUAUAUUCAUCUGAAUAUAAUAAAGCUAUCACUUCGUCCACGUUUGUUGUUCUCUUUAUACUUGCUCUGACUGGAUCCGUCUUACUUAUUUCAUUAAUUUUGGAUCGACGGAGACUAAUGCUUAUUUACAUUUUACUGUCAACAAUCCUUUGUACUUACAUAUUCGCCUUGUCGGCGUUUGAGAUACAUUAUGGAAUUCUAAAAUUACGAACAGAUUCUUACAAUAAAGAUACGAAAAGGGAAAUAUUUAACACUGCUUGUAUUUUGGGAAUUAUUACAAUGCUUAGUUCAGUUGUUCACUUCAUCGGAAUCCUCGCUGUCAUCACCUUUUACAGUUUCAAAUAUUUCCAACCGAGACUGCAGGAAAAAUACGAGCUGGUUGAUAAUACUUGAUGGAGGCACGUUGAAUUAAUUAUUUAAAAAAAAAAAAAUUAACUGUAAUUAAAAUGUAGAGAUUAUAUACAAUUUUUUU